AUGGACUGGGACAAACUGGGAGUGACCCCUUGGUGCCGCCAGGGGGGCGGGGCCUACUCGAACCUGACGCUGCGGGGGCGGGGCCAGGACCACGGCGCCGCCCUGGUGUGCGAGGCCGAGACCCCCGGGGUGGGGACACGGAGCGUGACAGUGACCCUGAGCGUCAGCCACCCGCCCCAGGCUCUGUGGGUCGAGGCCCCGCCCCCCAACGCCACCUUCCGGGUGGGGGAGGGGCUGCGGCUGCUGUGCCACGCCCGGGGGGGACACCCCGCCCCCAAACUCACCUGGAGCAAGUCCCUCCCAGUUCCAGCCCAGUCCGUCUCCAUCUCGGUGUCCCCGCGGGAGCCCCGCCCUGGCCACGCCCUCACCGUCACGUGCCGCGCUGGCCCCGCCCACCCGGCCCCGGAGCUCACCUGGAUCCGGCCCGGCCACGCCCCUCGCUCCCAGGCCCCUCCCAUUCCAGCCCAGUCCGUCUCCAUCUCGGUGUCCCCGCGGGAGCCCCGCCCUGGCCACGCCCUCACCGUCACGUGCCGCGCUGGCCCCGCCCACCCGGCCCCGGAGCUCACCUGGAUCCGGCCCGGCCACGCCCCCCCCGCCCCCCACGGGGGGGUCACGGUGGGGUCGCGGCUGCUCCUGCAGGGGGCGCUGUCGCUCCAGGAUCAGCCAAUCACGUGCCGCGCCUGGAGCGGGGGACUGGGCGUGGCCGUCAGCUCCGCCCACGUCCUGCGCCUGCGCCACGCGCCCCUGCUGAGCGCGGGCCCCUCCCCCGUGCUGGUUCCGGAAGGUUCCGAGGCCGUGCUGGGGCUGUCGGUGCGCGCCCAUCCCCCCCCCGAGGGCUGCGCCUGGAGCGUGCGGGGGAGGGGCAUCAGCCCCGAGGGGUCCCCUCGGUUCCGGCAGUCGCCAGGGGGCGCUCUCGUCAUCGCCAACGUCACGCGCGCCGACAGCGCCCCCUACCGGGUGUGGUGCCACAACGCCGAGGGCGGGGCCGGCGCUGACGUCACGCUGCUGGUCCAGGAUGGUCCCGAGAUGGAGGCGGAGCCAGAGGAGGGGGCGGGGCCGGGGGUGGUGCUGGUGCCCGAGGGGGCGGAGUCAGCGACGCUGCGGUGCCGAGCGCGGGGAGUGCCGGGGGUGGAGCUGAGCUGGGAGAGGAACGGGAGGAGCCUGAGCACGGGGGAGCCCGGUUCGCCGUUCCAGGAGCUCCAGUGGCGCGAGGGGCCCUGGACCAGCUCCGUGCUCAGCGUCACCAACGUCACCGGGGCCCGCGCGCGCCUGCGCCGCCGCUUCCUCCAGUCCCACCAGUCUGACCAGUCCCACCAGUCCCGGCGGGGCCCCCGGCCCCGCUACCGCUACCAGAACGUGCCCGCGGCGCCGCCGGACUGGGAGCACUGGGAGCACUGGGAGGGCGGGAACGGCACCGUGGGCGUCUUCGACUGCGUGGCCACCAACGGGAGGGGCACGGCCCGGAGGAGGCUGCGGCUGCGGCUGGGGGACCGGCCGGACCCGCCGCGGGCCCUGCGGCUCUCGGGGCUCUCGGGGACCUCGGUGGGCGUGGCCUGGGAGCCGGGCUGGGACGGCGGCCUGCCCCAGCACUUCCUGCUCCGGGCUGACGGGCCGGAAGCCCCUCCCCCACCCGCCGCUCUCGUCACUUCCGGUUUCUCCCUCACGCUGGGCGGGCUCCGCCCGGCCACGCCCUAUGACGUCACCGUGCGCGCACGCAACGCCCGCGGGGAGAGCGCCCCCGUGCGGCUGAGAGCCGUCACUUCCGCCCUGCCCGAGGCCCCGCCCCCACAGCGGGAGGAGCCGGCAGCGCCCCCUGGCAGCGCGGAGGACCCGGCUUGGCCCAUCCUGCAGGGGGCGCUGUGCGCCUUGGGGGGGCUCCUACUCCUGGCCGGGCUGGGGGCGGGGCUCGGCUGCUGCUACUUCCGGUGGGGGCGGGGCCCGAAGGCCACGGAGGGGGCGGAGACG